UGCCCACCUCCACCCAGCUGCAUAUCUUUGGGUGGAGCAAAAUGGCUCCUUUAUAAGCUGCAUUUGGGGGCCUGCUGACCAAAGUAGAAUAGGCACAACAGUCAACAAGGCAAAAUGGUUGCAUGGACAGACUUCGAGCGAGCCACAAUCAAGGACAUCUUCUCCAAGAUCGACUAUGAAGUCGUUGGCCCAGCAGCUAUUUCCAGGUGUCUGAUUGUGUAUCCCUGGACUCAGAGGUAUUUUGCUGGCUUUGGAAACCUCUACAAUGCUGCUGCUAUCACAUCAAAUCCAAAAGUUGCUGCUCACGGAAAGGUUGUAAUGCAAGGUCUGGAAAAAGCUGUGAAGAACAUGGACAACAUCAAGGCCACAUUUACAGAGCUGAGCACGCUGCACUCUGAGAAACUGCAGGUGGACCCUGACAAUUUCAUGCUUCUGGGCGACUGCCUGGCCAUUGUGGUUGCUGCCCAGUUGGGUAAAGACUUCACUCCCGAGGUCCAUGCAGCUUUUCAGAAGUUCCUGGCAGUGGUGGUGUCCUCCCUGAGGAGGCAGUACUACUAGAGAGCUGCA